UUCCUAGCAAUAUUACGUUGGCCGUGUAUUGUAGUCCAAAAUCCAAAUUGAGCAAACAGGCUCUUUUCCUCUCGCACGCUUCGAUUAAUUCAAUCAUGGUGGCCUCGUCAUCGACGGCGACAUCAUCCUCCGACACUUCAUCGACGAUGUCGUCUUCUUCGUCGGACAGAGAUGAUCGCCGCCACCGUCGCCGCCGCAGCAGCAGCAACCGCCAUCGUGAGAGCCAUAAGAUCCGGAAAUCCAAAUCUCAUUCCAAGUCAAAACGACGUCGUCGUCGUCGUCACUCUUCCUCUGAUUCUCACUCCUCUUAUUCCUCCGACGAUUAUAGUAGCUCUUCAGAAAGUGAGCGUGAAACUUCCAGUCGUUCAAGGAAACGCAAGCAUGAUGAUAAGACAAAGAAGAGCAAGGGGAAGGACAAGGAAAAGAGCCACAGCCAUAAACGUCACAAGCACAAGAAAGAGAUAGAGCAGGAUGAACGACGGAGUAGCGGCCCUGUGCAGCUGUCUAAGUUUUUAGGGCGAGACAAAGAUGACGGUGUUCGUCGCAGUGUGGUAUCUGGCAAAAAGAUAAAAAUGAAGCUUGAAAAAUCAAAGGAAGAUAAGUAUGCAGAGAAUAAGCGUAAUGAGUUACUAAAGUUUCUAAAUGCCAAUUAUGAUUGAAUACUUUGGGGAUUCUUUGAGGGCCAAAUUAAACCCCAUUUUGAAGCAUGCAAGCCAGACAGGUUUCGACGUUUUGUGGGAAUACUCAAGGUUGUGAGCUCCUUGCGUAUGCAUGUAAUUGCAUCAUGCUUUCUGUUUGGUGUUCUCAAGUGCGUAAGCUUAGGCUUGUCUUUGGGCUAGUAUAAUGUACUAUUUGUUAUUUGUCAGAUAGAAGUUCUCUCUUACAAGUACUAGUGGGAAGGAUUUUGGAUUUUGAUGCGAUGUAGCGCAAAUAUUUUUUUUUAAAUAAUUGUAUUAUGUGGAUUUUAUCUGUGCUUUUGAGGUAAUUUGUAAUAUUAGGGAAUUUAAUUUCCUUGUUUUUAUUCAAGUUUCUAUUGGAUUUUCUUCAA